AACCCCGCACUCCCCCGGUUCCGACAGCCCGGUUUUGAGCUGCUGCCAUCAUCCGGGGGUGGGCGGGGCUCCCGCGCGGCAGACAUCUUGUUUCCGGAGCCGGACGAGCGGAGGUUCGGCGGGUCUGACGAGGAUCCGGGACGGGACCGCUUCCGGACCGUCUGGCUCGUUAAACAUCACAACAAGGCAGUAAAUGAAAGCAUGAGGGGCGGAGCCAGCUCACCGGCAGGAGAAGCUGUUGGUUAUGGUUUCAGCACCCUCACACCCGUUCCUCACCGACGCCCGUUCUCAAUGACGCCCAUUCCUCACGGACGUCCGUUCCUCACCGAUGCCCGUUCCUCACUGACGCCCGUUCUCAAUGACGCCCGCUCCUCACCGACGCCCGCUCCUCAUCGACGCCCGUUCUCAAUGACGCCCGUUCCUCACCGACGUCCGUUCCUCACCGACGCCCGUUCCUCACCGACGCCCGUUCCUCACCCACCCCCGUUCCUCACCGACGCCCGUUCCUCACCGACGCCCGUUCCUCACCGACGCCCGUUCCUCACCGACGCCCGUUCCUCACCGACGCCCGUUCCUCACCGACGCCCGUUCCUCACCGACGCCCGUUCCUCACCGACGCCCGUUCCUCACCGACGCCCGUUCCUCACCGACGCCCGUUCCUCACCGACGCCCGUUCCUCACCGACGCCCGUUCCUCACCGACGCCCGUUCCUCACCGACGCCCGUUCCUCACCGACGCCCGUUCCUCACCGACGCCCGUUCCUCACCGACGCCCGUUCCUCACCGACGCCCGUUCCUCACCGACGCCCGUUCCUCACCGACGCCCGUUCCUCACCGACGCCCGUUCCUCACCGACGCCCGUUCCUCACCGACGCCCGUUCCUCACCGACGCCCGUUCCUCACCGACGCCCGUUCCUCACCGACGCCCGUUCCUCACCGACGCCCGUUCCUCACCGACGCCCGUUCCUCACCGACGCCCGUUCCUCACCGACGCCCGUUCCUCACCGACGCCCGUUCCUCACCGACGCCCGUUCCUCACCGACGCCCGUUCCUCACCGACGCCCGUUCCUCACCGACGCCCGUUCCUCACCGACGCCCGUUCCUCACCCUCACGCCCGUUCCUCACCCUCACGCCCGUUCCUCACCCUCACGCCCGUUCCUCACCGACGCCCGUUCCUCACCGACGCCCGUUCUCACCGACGCCCGUUCCUCACCCUCACACCCGUUCCUCACCGACGCCCGUUCCUCACAAAAAAGUCUUGUUUCUAAACAUCUGAUCCCUUAUAGAAUCCAAACAAUAAACCUUCUCACUGAUUUAGUAAUUAUUUGAAUAAACAUGUUUGUCAUCAGGCUGUCACGCUUUUUUUUUUUGGUUCAAAAUCAAACUUCUGACGCUGCCUCUAGAGGGUGUUCUAGGGACUCCAUUGUAGAGACUUCUGGGUUUGUAUGAGAUUCAGAAUCAAAGUUUUAAUCUGUUGGUUCAGACGGGAUGAAAACUGUUUGUGUUUCUGACGAGUUCUCGUCGUUUUUCUGAUGGACGUCAUGUAUAAAGAAGAUUCUAACUA